CUUCAUGACUCCUCCUCCAGCGCUCCGCUCGGGUUCGCCGUGAUUUCAUACCGAAGUCAUACUUUACAUUCCAGGUUUACUGUCAAAUCAGGAUAAAUAUUUCUUCAAAAACAUCAGCGUGGUUUGCAUUUGUAAAUGUGCUCAUGAGAUAAAGACCGAAUUCCCUUUUUGCCCACAGUAGAGCAGACGUUUGCGUUUAAGUCCUGGGUGUGAGGGCUCACGUAGGGGCCCAGGUGGAGCCGCCACCAUUGCAGCCAACGAGUGGAGCACCAACGGGAGCCCGGAGGAGGGGCAGGAGGAUGGAGUGGAUGGGAUGGACAAGGCCGGAAUGGACGGCGAUGCGGAGGGCGUCUGGAGCCCUGACAUCGAACAGAGUUUCCAGGAGGCUCUGGCCAUUUAUCCCCCCUGUGGGCGCAGAAAGAUCAUCCUUUCAGACGAAGGCAAAAUGUAUGGUCGUAAUGAGCUGAUAGCAAGAUACAUAAAACUGCGGACUGGAAAAACCCGGACUCGAAAACAGGUGUCUAGUCACAUACAGGUGUUAGCCAGGAAGAAAAUGCGGGAAUAUCAAGCAGGCAUUAAGGCCAUGAACUUGGAUCAGGCUUCCAAAGACAAAGCCCUGCAGAACAUGGCCGCUCUUUCCUCCGCUCAGAUCGUUUCUGCCAGUGUGAUGAAGAGUCAGCUGCCUCCUCUUCAUCAGCACCCCUAUCCUCCUCCAGCCCGGUUUUGGCCCAGCCCCAUCCCAGGACAGCCUGGACCUUCUCAGGACAUCAAACCCUUUGCACCGAGUCCGUACUCCACCCUUCAGCCUCCACUGCCUACACCCAUAUCAAGUUAUGAGCAGUUACCCACCCCGCACCCCCCGAGCGCCACUGCUGUGCCUGUGUGGCAGGACCGGACCAUUGCCUCCUCUAAACUCCGCAUGCUGGAGUACUCUGCCUUCAUGGAGCUCCAGAGAGACCCUGACACUUACAGCAAGCACCUGUUUGUCCACAUCGCCCAGACAAACCCCUCGUACACAGAUCCUCUCCUGGAGGCCGUAGACAUCCGUCAGAUCUACGACAAGUUUCCAGAGAAGAAGGGGGGGCUGAAGGAUCUGUAUGAGAAAGGCCCUCAGAACGCCUUCUUUCUGGUCAAAUUCUGGGCUGAUCUGAACAGCAGUAAUGUUCAGGAUGGUGCAGGCUCGUUCUAUGGGGUCAGCAGUCAGUACAGCAGCGCUGAAAACAUGACCAUCACUGUCUCCACUAAAGUCUGUUCUUUUGGGAAGCAGGUGGUAGAGAAAGUCGAGACAGAGUAUGCGCGUGUGGAGGGCGGGAGGUACAUUUACCGGAUCCAUCGCUCACCCAUGUGUGAAUACAUGAUCAACUUCAUCCAUAAACUCAAACACCUGCCAGAGAAAUACAUGAUGAACAGCGUCCUGGAGAACUUCACUAUACUGCAGGUUGUCACAAACAGAGACACACAAGAGACUUUGCUUUGCAUUGCGUUCGUGUUUGAGGUGUCUACAAGUCACCACGGAGCACAGUAUCACGUUUACAGACUAGUCAAGGACUGAAUGACCAUUUUGCCAUAACCCCUCCAGAUGACGUUCAUCCAAUGCUUACGAACACUUACGAACAAAGUGAGGAAAAGAAAAUUAGACAAACCUGAAGAUCAUAAACACAAUCAUGGGCAAAACUCAAACCGGGAUCCUCUGCACUAGGUUUUGUUGUAUAUUUAGUCGUGUUCCUUAAAAGCAAAGGAAAUGUACUUUCAGGGAUAAUUCUGUUUCUUACUGAUUUGUGGGGUAGAGGUCUUGAAUAUCUGUGGUGGGUGAACUCUGAUUCUGAUGCUUGUCAUGUUUAUGGUACCAGACUCUGAAGGCACAAAGGUCUUUUUAAAUGCAAUUGUAAGUGAAUAGGAAAGAAAUUCUGGUCGAUACAAUUCUCUAAUCAGGAAUGUUGUGAUGGUGUAUGUUUGUCUUUCAUGUAGACACAGCAGCUUGCUACCUCUGACCUUUGACAGAUUGCGGGCUCAGAUUGUUCUCAGAACGAUGAAAAUAAAAACGGUUUUGUGUAGGAAAGAGACACUGAAUGUUUGUGAUGGUAAGAGCAAGUUGCUAAAAAGUUCAGGGUUCGUGUUUCACGAAUGUCACACACUUUUGCAAGUUUUACUCUCAAUUUGGUUUGAUUUUCUGUUUUGGAAAAUGCAAAAGUGUGAGCUAUUUCUACCUCCUGGUGUUACAUGGAUAUGUAUGAAAGCCUGUUUCUGCCACAGAAUUAAAAAAAAAGGUGAAUGCAAGUAUUUAUCUCAGAGUUUCUCACAAUUCAACUAGAGUUAAACUCACAAUUCUGAGAAGAUAAGUCAGAAUUGUGAGAUAUAAAUUUGCUAUUGCAAGGAAAAUAGUCAGUAUUUUGAGAUAAAAAGUCGCAAUUACCUUUUUUAUUUUUUUAUUCUGUAGGGGAAACAAAAAAGACAAUUGUGAGAUGUAAACUCGGAAUUCUGAGGAAAAAAGGUCACAACUGCAAGAUAUAAAGUCAGAAUUGAGAGAAGUAAACUUGAAAUUGCAACAAAAAAGUGAUUUUUCUGUUUCUCAGUUUAAUCUUGAUUUUUUUUUUGUCUCAGAAUUUCUAAAAGUUCAAAUUGUGAGCUUUAAACUUAGAAUUACAAGAAAAAAAGUGGCAAUUACCUUUUUUAUUUUUUAUUCCAUAGUGAGAAAAAAAAAAGAAUUGCAAGGCAUAAACACAGAAUUCUGAUAAUUCUCAAAAAAGUCAGAACUAUGAGAUAAAAGUCACAAUUAGCUUUUUUUAUUUUUUUAUUCUGAGGUGGAAACAGGCUUCCAUGGACAUGCAAAGUGCGUUUUUAAAGCAGAGUUUUUGUUUAAAACCAUUUUGCCAUAAAGGUUAUUGUGAUUAUGCAUGCUUUUACUAGAUUGCCCUCAUUUUGAGUGCCUUAUCACUUCUGUGUCUACCUUCGCCGUACUGGCAAGAGAGCAGGAAAAUUCAGUAGAUCACUUAACUCUAUUUAAAACAAAGAGGGCAAAUCUGCUGUUGCAUAAACGGGUUACAGCGGGACAAAACAAAUCUCAGCAUGUAACACUUGGUUUUGAUUUCUCAGUGUUUUUAAUCUAUGAACUACAUGCUAAUUACAUCAUCACCAAAGCAAUUACACCUAACUGGGUGCUCCAGUAUUUUCCUAAUAAAAAACAUUGUAUUUUAAAACAAAGACAGAGAAAAAAAAAAAGAAAAAAAAACAUUACAUUUUAAUGUAAAACUUCAAUAUUUCAGUGGUACUCUCAAUUUUUGUAAGUCGUGCCAUUGGUCAAGCAAAGAUUUUGAACAGCACAAAGUGAAAUUAACCGUUAAUUCCAUAUCAAAAUGUGCAAUAAGAUCUGGGCUAUUCCGAUCCACGUUUUCUCAGGUUUUUUCAGUAAUGUAGAAACACUCUUUUUUUAAAAGGAGUUUUUAAUGUUAGUAUAUACAGUAUGUGGAGUCAUGGAUUCAUUACACUUUUUUUUACAUUUGUGCUUCCACACAUGGCAUCCAUCUUGGUGUUAUUGGUUUUGUUUUGUUUUUGUUUUUUUUAACCCACAGUCACCUUCAAUGGUUACAUAUGAUUUUAAAUGUCAGACAUAAUCAGUCGCAGUCAUCUGAUUAUUUAUGGUAUUAUUAAUUGGUACAUUAUGGAAUGCACAUGUUGAUGUUGCAUAAAUAACUGAGGACUGUUUAUUUCGUUGUACAUUCUCCUUUUGGAAUUUGUGUGUGUGUGUGUGUGUGUGUGUGUGUGUGUGUGUGUGUGUGUGUGUGUGUGUGUGUGUGUGUGAAAGUUUCUAAACUAAUCUGUAAUAUCUUAACCAAAGAAUCGAAUGUGAACAUCAGUCUUGCCUUAUUGUGUGCUUCAGGUCUUCUGUGACAUUUUAAAAGAAAAACCAUGCUUCUGUGUGAGUGUGUUUGCGUGUAUUUGUGCACUUGUGUGUGAGAGACAUAUAGAAAUUAAUUCUGAAAUUCUACAAAUUGUUUUGUGUAUAUUUUCAGAAUGUUACAGGAAAGGGGUUUUUAUGUCUAUUCUUUUUUUUUUCAUCUUUAUUAUUAUUAUUAUUUUGUUGUUGUUGUUUUGUUGUGUUUGUUCCAGUAUCAUAUUGUUCUGGUUAAUAUGAAAUAAGGGUUGUAACAUCUUGAUUUUCAUGUAUUUGCCCAUUAAAGUGACUUUUGAGCCCUGGAAGCUAAAACAUCCAAA